UUUGCCUAAUCAGUCUAGCUACGGUCACACUGAGGCCAAGACGAAAAAAGACGCGAAAAGAUGCAUAGAUUAUAAACAACGGUGUACUAUGCGACCAUAUAAAUAUUUGAGAUUACAUACUGAAAAAUGGAAGCAAUAUCGAAGAUUUCCCUGAUAUUGUGUGCCUUGUUCGUCGUGGUCAACGCAGCUGUAGCCAUCAGUGGCGACAGUACCAACUGCCAGGCCACAUACAGUAGCAUUGAGGCGUCCCUGGCCCAAAUUCCACACCAACAUCGGCCGCAGAUUAAGCCCAGGACCAGAACCUGGCAGGAGCACGAGUUCUCCCUUCUGGGCUACAAGUUUCAUCUGCCUUUCGUGGGACAUGUAGUGGACUCGGAUCUAGAUGAUAGUGACAGUGAUGAGGGUCUGUGGCUGGACGCGCUGGACGCCGGAUCGGAGAGCGAAGAGGUGGAGGAGCAUGAACUUCCUUCGGAUGGUCAAGUGGAUCCCACGGCCUAUGUGUUCAAGCUUAACUGUGAGAAUAUGGAGCUGAGACAGGUUAAUCAGGAGCUCGUCUCGAAAAGGAGCUCGCAUGUCAACUAUCAGCAGCUGAAGCUGGUCCAUGUGCUUACCGAUCUCAGUAAUCCACUGAAAUUGCCACAGUACGAGAGUGUCAGGGAGUUCUCCUGGCAAAACAGUAACCUUAAGGAUGAAUCGAUCAGAGAGCUCUUUAAUCGCCAGCCGCAAAACUUUCAGAACAUGGAACAGCUGAAACUCGCUGAAAACCUUCUGAGCCUCGACUGGGUUGUACCCAAAGUGGUACGGCACCUGAAAGUACUUAAGAUCAGCGGUAAUCGGCUUUCCAACAAUAGCCUAACGAACCUGCAGCAUAUGAAGCAUUUGCAGGAGCUACACAUGGACAGGAAUGAACUGACCUUCUUACCGCAGCGUUUCCUGGGUGAGCUCAGUGAACUGCGCAUGCUUAACCUCAGCCAGAAUUUGCUGACGGAGCUUCCUCGGGAGAUCUUUGAAGGAGCUCUUAGGCUAGAGAGGCUUUACCUCUCUGGAAACCGCCUGAGCGUCCUGCCAUUCCAGCUCUUCCAGACGGCACGUGACCUUCAAGUGCUGGAUCUAAGCGAAAACCGCCUGCUCUCCUUUCCGGACAACUUUUUUGCUCGCAACGCGCAACUACGGCAUCUUCACCUACAGCGAAAUCAGCUUAAGUCUAUCGGCAAGCACAGUCUGUAUAGCCUGCGCGAACUUCGUCAGCUGGACCUUAGCCAAAACUCUCUGUUCGUCAUCGAUCGCAAGGCGUUCGAGUCCCUUGACCAGCUGCUAUCCUUAAAUGUGUCCGGCAACAACCUGACCCUGCUGUCAUCCAUCAUCUUCCAGUCGCUGCAUUCCCUCAAGCAGUUGGAUCUCAGUCGGAACCAGUUCAAGCAAUUGCCUAGUGGCCUGUUUCAGAGGCAGCGCUCCCUGGUGUUGCUACGCAUCGAUGAGACUCCCAUCGAGCAGUUCUCCAAUUGGAUCUCGCGCUACGAUGAGUCGCUUGUGGAUCCACAGAUUCUACAUCGUUUGCGUUACCUGUCUCUGCAGCAGAACCGGAAAUUAACCCAUUUACCCACCACUCUGUUUGCCAAUACUCCCAAUGUUAGGGAACUUUUGCUGGCCCAGAACGGAUUGCUGCAGUUGCCCACACAGAUCUCAGGGCUGUCGCGAUUACAGCGACUCAGUGUACGUGGAAAUAGCUUGGGGUCGCUGCCCGAGGGCAUCAAGGAGCUCAGACAGCUGCACUACCUAAAUAUUUUGGGUAACGAGUACCAGUGUGACUGCAGCAUGUACUGGCUGACAGCCUGGCUAGCUAAUACCAGCACUAGUUUGCGCCACCUACCGCCGCAGGCACAGUAUAAUAAUGCCAGUCCCAGCCAAACUCCACUGGACUCUUACGAGAGUAUCGAUCAUCAAAUUGAUGCGCUAAAGUGUCAGUAUGGCUAUCCCGGCGAUAUGCUCCGUGUGCUAAGCAAUCUCAAUUGCUCUGUGCCCUCGGUAGUGCAGUUUUCCGAGCCCAAGAUGCACAAGCUUCUCUCCACCGCUAAGCUGGAGUGUCAGAUUUCUGGCAGCCCAGUGCCGGACAUUAUUUGGGUUACUCCCCGCAAUAAGAUUUUGCGCCACCAUGCUGAUCCUGAUAAGCGUCCGAUUAUUAUCGACAGCAAGGAGGAUGCUCAUCAGCCACCGAGUGCACAAGAGCUGGCUGCUCUGAUGGACGAGAGUUACAUCCAGUCCUUAAACUUGACACGUCAGCAGAGUCUGGUGGGUCAGCGCGUGGUUCUGGUGGAAAACGGAUCGUUGCUGGUACAUAAUAUUUCCCGAAUUGACAGUGGCUUAUACACUUGUUAUGCCUUCAAUGUGAUGGGCAAGGCAUCGGCAGGAUUAAGACUAUACAUCGAUCCUAUUGUGUUCUACCGGGUAAAAAUCGGCAGCAUACUGUUCGGUACGGCCCUGGCCACCGCUUUCCUGCUGCUAACCCUGAUGGUUCAGGGGCUGAGAAGCUGCCUGUCACGCUGGGGAAUCUUUAAUCGGUUCUAUUGCUGUGCCAAUCGGAAUAAGAAGUCACCGCGCCCACGUCAAAUUUACGCCAUGCUGGACAGCAUCGAGACUUACAAAAGCCAGCAAUUGGAGAGGCUUCGCGAAAACUAUGCCCAGCAAGUCCAUCGUAUCCGAGAGAAUUGUGCUCAGCAAGUAGAGUGGAUCCAGAGCAGCUACACAAGCCAGGCAAAGCACAUUCGAGAGUUUCGCGAUAUAGGUUCGAAUCAUCUUACUACUUUGAAAGAUCAAUAUUACGAUCAGGUGAAAAAAGUGCGUGACUACUCGACUGGUCAGUUAAGCUGGGUGCGAGAGAACUACGUCUUCCAGAGAAACAAAAUCCGGAAGUUCAGUGCACAUCAGGUGCUGCGCCUUCGGGAGGGAUACAAGUACCAGCAACAGACGCUGAACAAGGUGCUGGAAAACCUACCCAGUUUUUACUUCGAGAAUUGUCGCGGGCGCUGUGAGGAAGAUAUAGCUGAGGACAUAGACUGUUACUUCAAAGGCCAAAUGGACUUUGCUGGCUCUAAGGAGCUGCACAUACAAAAAAUUAAAGCACGCCUAUCUGCCAAUUACUCAGCCAGCAAGGCGUCCAUUUACUAUACCCCACCAGAUGAUGAUCUUCUGCAUAGCUCGCAGCUUAAUUUGCAGACGUCACCCAUUCACAUCAACUACAUUGAUGAGAAUCUUGACCAGCAAAAGCAGUUGGAGCACGACUUUAAAAUGGAACCUCAACUACUGCUUUACAAUGCCCCGUUGCUCUAUCUGAAUCCCGAAGGAGCAAGCAGCAGUGGACAGGCGGCGGCCAUGGCGGCGGCAGUUGCCCUGUCACAGUGUAUAAGCGUAGAGGACAAUAACCAAGAGCAGGAGAUGCAGCCUAUAAAAAAGAGCAGUGGUAAUCAAAUGGAGCUGCCAGAACUGAAGGACACGAACGAUGUGAAGAACUCGAAAUCUUGUCCGGCCAUUUACAAGGUUUCCAAGCAGCGAGACGGGAGCACUCUUCAUGAGUUACAAAAAGAAGGCGAGGAGCCCUAUCAAAUGCUCCGCCUAAAUCCCGUGGAGACCACCUCGCUGACAUCAAAGACAGCUAUGGGACCUGCAAUGCAGGCGAGAACGGAGAAGCUGAACAUCAUCUUGGAUGAAAGCGGCAAGGCCUCAUUAUGUAAAACGGAGCAGGCAACCGACGAAACGAUUAGUGAGACUCCCCCAUCCGAGUCCAGCUGUGAGUCCAACAGCUUGGCCGCCAGUUGUGGAGAUGUCUGCCAGGCCAGCAGCAAGCUGGCAAAUGCCUCACCAUCAUCUUCUCCCCCCAAAGCUGCCCCUGCCAGCACUUAGAGAUUUUUUAAAUUUUUAAUUAGUAAUUAUAAUAAAAAAAACUAACGAAAAUAUAAAUUGUAAACAAGUAAAUCAAACGCAUCUGCAAAUGAAGUUAAUGUUAAUGAUUACGAUAUAAUGGUAAGGCAGACAACAAUAAUUAAACUUAGAGUUAAUUAGCAAAACAUAUGAAUUCAAAGUGCUGAACAUUAGAAAAUAUCGGAACAAGUCAUACGAUUAUACCGAAUGAUGAUCAAAAACAAGGCUUAAAGAAUUUAAAAUUGAGAUCUACUCACACCUGGAAUCUAUCGCUAAGGUAUCAUGUCAAUAAUACUUGAAAAGAGACCCCCAUUUGUGAUUUCAUUACAUUACGAGUGUAAAGCAUCAAAACUGUAGAGAGCGUAUUUUAAAAUAAAACAGACAAAUUUUAAUUAAAUUGUAUGAAAAUACAAGACUAUAUAAUAAAUAAAACGUUUACUAUAGACCAA